AUAUUCAGCUGCUCGAACGUUACGAUUUUCCUCUUCAAAGCUCUUCUACCAAUUUUCACUUCACUACGAAAGCUUCAAUUUCAUGGCCUCCGUCAAUGGCGACGGUGAUGUUUCCUCCUUUUCCUGUUCUUCCGAUAUGGAGAAGUUCCUCUGCGACCGCUUGAACGACCCCUCUUUCCCCAUUGCAGAGCGCUUCCGAGCCCUCUUCUCCCUCCGCAACCUCAAAGGCCCCGCCCCUCGCAAUGCUCUCAUUCUUGCAACUAGAGAUUCUUCCAAUUUGUUGGCUCAUGAGGCUGCAUUUGCAUUGGGUCAAAUGCAAGAUGCAGAUGCCAUCCCGGCUUUGGUGGCGGUUCUUAAUGAUCUUUCUUUGCACCCCAUUGUUCGGCAUGAGGCAGCAGAAGCACUAGGAGCUAUUGGCUUAGAGAGUAAUAUUCCAUUUUUAGAAAAGAGUUUGGCUUUAGAUCCUGCUCAAGAGGUUAAAGAGACAUGUGAAUUGGCUCUUAGGCGAAUAGAGCAACUGAAAGAUUCUGGUAAUGAAGAUGAAUCAUCUAAAGUUGAAAAGUCACCAUUUUUGUCUGUUGAUCCAGCCGCACCAGCUUCUUCCAGUGCCUCUGUAGGUCAACUGAGGGAAAUUCUUCUGGAUGAAGAUAAAGACAUGUAUGAGCGGUAUGCAGCACUUUUUACUUUACGAAACAAUGGCAAUGAUGAAGCUUUAACUGCGAUCAUUGACUCUUUAAGCUCCACUAGUGCUCUGCUAAAGCAUGAGGUUGCUUAUGUAUUGGGCCAAUUGCAAAAGAAAGCAGCUUCAGAUGCUCUCUCUGAUAUACUUGAAGAUGUUAAAGAGCAUCCAAUGGUUAGACAUGAGGCUGCAGAAGCUCUUGGCUCCAUUGCUGAUGAAAAAAGCAUAGCACUCCUCAAGGAGUUUUCAAAGGAUCCUGAGCCUAUAGUCUCGCAGAGUUGUGAGGUUGCUCUAAGCAUGCUGGAAUACGAAAGAUUGGGAAAAUCAUUUGAGUUCCUAUUCAUGCAAUCUCCCCAAGUGCAAUAAGUUGCAACAACAGCAAGUAGCAUCAAUUGGCAAGGUUAGAAGCAGCCUCAUCUCCUUUUUGUCUGCUUAUAUAGGUACUUGGAAUCUGAAAGCAUGUUAUUUACUGGAGAUCAGCCAGAUUGGAACAAUACAUACAGUAAUUAGCUGUGUCUAUUAUUCCAUUUAGGGGAUAUAUGUCAUAUAUUUAUAUAUAUAUUUCCCAACCGGAAUGAAAAGGAACAGAAAUUUUACUCAAAACCAUAGAAAACUAUAUAUUUUUAAACACGUCAUUAGGUUUUACUUCUUCUU